AUGCCUCCAGCAAACAGCAACCCAAACCCAAACACAGAGCCAUUUGAGACGUUCUUUCGAGGAUGGCUGGUCAGGCAAGAGGAAGUCCGCCAGCUACUCCUCCAAGCAACUACUGAGCGCGACUGCGACAAGGCAAGAGAAGACGAGGAGGCAAGGCUGCAAGGGCUGAUAGGGAGAGUGGUGGCGCACUAUGCUGAGUACUACAAAGCGAAGCUGAGAGUGGUGAGAGAGGACGCGCUGAUCAUAUUCGAACCACCAUGGUUCACUCUCUUCGAGCGAAACCUACUUUGGAUCGGUGGGUUCAAGCCAGGGCUCGCGCUUCGGCUGGUGAGGAACUAUGUAACGAACCUGACGGAGGAGCAGACGCGGAUGAUGGAGGAUGUGAGGACGGAGAUGGCGGAGGAGGAGAGGGAACUGGCUGCGGAGCUGGAGAAGGUGAAGACGGGGCCCACAAUGAUAUCGCUGGUGGAGAUGGCGACAAGGGGGAGAGAGCGGUCGAAUGGAGAAAGGGAUGAGGUGGAUGAGCAAAUUGAGAUAGUGAAGUUAGCAGUGGAGACGCUUGUGGAGUGUGCUGAUUAUCUGAGAUGCAAAACUGCCCUUAAGAUUAUGGACAUACUCAACCCUUCUCAGAAUUUGAAGUUCUUGCUGGCCAUAACUCAGCUUCAGCUCCGAGUUUGCAACUGGGGAUUGCAGAGAGAAGCUGAGAGCCGCAAUGACAAUGGGCGCCACUAG